AGGCGGGCUCGGAGCCGAGCCCCGCCCGCGCCCCUCCCUCCCGGCGCUGGCCUCCGCAGCCGGGGAAGGCCGGCACGAUGCUGGAGACGCUGCGGGAGCGGCUUCUGAGCGUCCAGCAGGACCUCACCGCCGGGUUGAAGACUUUGGGCGACAAAUCCAGAGAUGCAAAAAAAAGGCAGAGAACUAUUCAGUGUUUGCCAGAGUUUUCUGCUGGACUGGAAUUACUCAGCAGAUAUGAAGAUGCGUGGGCUGCCCUUCACAAAGGAGCCAAAGAUUGUGCAAAAGCUGGAGAGCUGGUCGAUAGUGAAGUUGUGAUGCUUUCUGCACACUGGGAGAAGAAAAGAAGCAGUCUGCUGGAACUACAGGAUCAGCUCCAACAAAUACCUGGGUUUUUAGCAGAUCUGGAAUGCCUCACAGCAAGCCUAGCCCAGCUAGAGGCAAACUUUGAGGAAAUGGAGAAUCAUCUGUUGUGUCUUGAGGACCUAUGUGAACAGUGUGAGUUGGAAAGAUACAAGUGUAUGCAGACAUUGCAGCUGGAAAACUACAAGAAAACAAAAAGGAAGGAACUGGAGACCUUCAAAGCUGAACUAGAUGCUGAACAUGCACAGAAGGUUUUGGACAUGGAGCACACCCAGCAGAUGAAGCUAAAGGAACGUCAGAAGUUCUUUGAAGAAGCCUUCCAGCAGGACAUGGAGCAAUACCUUUCUACGGGAUACCUGCAGAUAGCAGAGAGGCGAGAACCGAUUGGAAGUAUGUCUUCCAUGGAAGUGAAUGUGGACAUGCUGGAACAGAUGGACCUAAUGGACAUGUCUGACCAAGAAGCACUUGAUGUCUUUUUAAACUCAGGAGGCGAAGACAAUAAUAUGCUUUCUCCCAUGCUGGGGCCUGACACCAACACCUACGUGAAUGAGAUAAGUCUUCAGGUCCCGAGCCAGUCUGAGUUACGACAAAAACUGUCUUCACUGUCAUCAACCUGCACUGAUUCUGCCAGCCAAGAUGCAAGUGAAGGAGAGUCUCCAGUUGUUCAGUCUGACGAAGAGGAAGUUCAAGUGGACACUGCCCUUGCUGCUGUAACUGAAAGAAAGUGUGCUUCAGAUGCUAGUGAUGAAAGUGACUCUCAAACUAUUUGAAUCUUAAAACCAUAUCCUUUAAGAAUGACUUCUGAAUGAAUGAACAAGUGAAUGAAGAGCUUGCCUGUGUAACAAUUUGCUAACCAAGCAUAACAGCCAGAUCUUUUUACUUAGUAAUACUGCCUUUUUACAAAUUGCCAGUCAUAUGGAGGUUGGUUUUUAAAGAAAAAAAUAUGCCUAAAGCACACACACUUUAACAGUAGUCUUGGGGCUCAGGGGAGCAGUAAAACUGUUGUAUAUACUAUGUAUAAGAGAAUUAAAGGGGAAAGAUAGAAGUUACUUUGACCACUAACCUUUAAAUGGCUGAUUGGAAAUACUUAAGAGUUGAUGUGUAAUACUGAACCCAAAUUGUUCCUUGCAUGUUUUCAGCUGCUGCAACUGAAGAUUUAGGAUCCAAACCAAAAUGGAAAGUUAUUUUCUACUCUUUACUACCUACUGUCUGCCUCCUGCCUUUGUCUACGAAUGCAGCAGUGUUUACUGUUCUCACACUUCCUAUUCAGGACCAACUUAGUUAUUGUAGGUGUUAAGGAAAAAAUAAGAACCUGAAAAGGAGGAGAGAUGCGUAUUGAAAUGUUACACUCCUUGUGGAGCAGGUAUCUUAGCAUUGUGUAAACUCCUCUUUCGAGAUAAAAUAAAGUAUUUCUAUCCCAA